AUGGACGACGAUGAUGAGUACAAUAUCUCCGAGGAGUUUCUCAAGGAGCUCACUGAAAAGUACGCGGACAUUGAGCAUCCGCUUUUCAUGGACGAGCUUCCCAGCGAUAUGUCGGCUAAUCCGGACCUGGAAGCUCUACACAAGCUGUUGGCAGAGGGUGAGACCAGAGAUUCCAUAGCUCAAAAGUAUAAAGAGGUCGGAAAUGGAUACGUUGCUGACGGUAAACGGUUCUACGAAGCAGCCAUUUCCAGUUACACUGAUGGAAUUGCUGCUGAAAGUAGGGAUGAUGUUCUAAAUUCGCAGCUGUAUUCAAAUAGAGCAUUGGUCUAUCUGAGACUGGGUAUGAUAUCCGCUAUUCAUUUUCAUUUAGGGGAAUAUGUAAAGUGUGUAAACGAUUGUAGGCAUAGCAUUAAGUUUGACAAGUUUAACUAUAAAUCGUAUUACAGAGGCUCUAUGGCGUCCUUUAACCUGUCACUCUAUAAGCAGGCUCUACUUUUUUGCACAGAGUGUGUGAAGGCAAUAAAAUCUGAUCCUAACAUGAAUGUAUCUGGAGGUGAAAACGAAGAUUGUUAUAAGCUUCUGUCUCUUGUUGAUGUUAAUUUUUCUGCGUUUUACAAGAAGGUUUUAAAUAAAUACACUGAGUUUGAGUUGGAGAAGAGGAAGCGUGAUCAAGCUGAACACGAGGAGAAACAAAUGAAAGCCUCCAAGGAGAGUGAACUUACUGAGUAUUUGAAGUCCAAAGGGCUUACGCUGUCUGAAGAUCUGUUCAAAAUUCCUGAAUCACAAACCGUUGUUUUCUCCCUCAAGGACGGCACUCUUCACACGUCAUGUUUAUUUGUGUAUGUAUAUGAUUGUUGUUAUUCCGACACGUCUUUUCAAUUCGUUCAUUUUUACCUUAGUUAUGAUCAAAUGGAGCUGAGUGACUACAUUCUUGAUUUUGACUACGCCACUUGCAUUGCUGAUCACCUAGAGGUCAUGUUCGCCAAUAAGGCUCUCUUUAAUCCCUCAAAUUCGCUUUGUUUUUAUCAGGUGUCAGAGUACGAUGUCAUGAAAUUUGAUGUAAACGAGCCCUUUGAAUCCGUUGUCUUCAAAUCUCACCUAGUUUUCAAGGUUCCAGUUGUACACAUAGUAACUUCCACAGAUUCUUUACGCCAAUACACUGUAAUUUGA